AUGGUUGCAUUCCCAGAGUUCUGGGAACUGUACUCCAUAGCAAUACACAAUAAUGCAACUUUAGUUCCUUCCUCAAAGUUCGUCCAUCUUAAGAGUAAACUAAGGGGAAAAGCAAAGGACCUGAUAGCGUCAGUACAGUUAUCCGACGAGAACUAUCCAAGAGCUAUCGAACUUCUUCUUAGUACAUACAAUAGACCGGAUGUACUACGAAACAAACUCGUGGAUCAGCUUGAGGCUCUACCACCAGCAGAGCCUACGCCAACGGAUCAACGUACUACACUAUGCAAAAUCAAAUCGAUAUGGGUCCAACUCACCAACUUGAAGGAGCAACCUGGGUCGACGGCGACCAUGAAGAUAAUCAGAUCGAAGUUCCCUCAGAAGACAAGGGAGAAAGUCGGAGAGAUGCGUAGAAGAGGAGAUAAUUGGACGGCUGAGGAGCUACUUGACGCCUUCGAUAAGGUCAUUGACCAGCUGGAAGUGAUGGAGGAUACGGAUCCUACUCCUCAGGUCAGAUCGAGGUCGCAUGCAGUCGUCGAAAACGUGAUAGCCCAAGACCAAGAAAGACCCUAA